AUUUCCUACCCAACUAGAGCCCACCAUGCAAGCUGAGCCAAAACAAAAACACAACACUCGGUCCCAGACGCAUUCGCAUCCCGCCCAGUCAGCAAGCCCGAGCAAGUGGCGCGAGCCUCGUAUCCCCAAGCCGACUGUAUCACCCCGAUUCCUGCUCCACGGCAGACACCGCAGCGAACUGGUGCACCAGCAUAUGCAAUGUUACGACCAUUGAGUAACCAUGGAAGUAUCUGCUGGAUGGGGAUGGAGAAUUAUCGACAGAAAUCAUCAUAUCAUCUGGCACCAUAUAUACCUAAACGCUUACAAUGAUGAGCGAGGAAGCAACCAUCUCACUAUCCUCGGCAAUCGCAGUUGCGCACAAUGGCACAGGGCUCAGCGGGACCGUCCAAGCCCUUGGGCCAUCGAUGGCGAUCCUCGGGGCUGUACAUCGUUGCGAUAGUAUCAGUGGCUCUGUUUUCUGAUAACUUCCUUUUCACCUUCAUCAUCCCCAUCCUCCCGGAGAUCCUGGAGACCCGCCUCCAGCAGCCCGCCUCGCGCAUUCAGACACUAACCUCCCUCAUCCUCUCUAUGAACGCCCUGGUUUCGAUCAUCCUCGCGCCCGUCACCGGCUAUCUGGCGGAUAAACUGUCCUCGCGGAAUGGGCUUCUGGUUGCCGCGUGGGUGGUGAAUAUGCUGGGCACGGCGGUGACUGCUUGGGCAACGACACUCACGGUUCUCAUCGUCGGCCGCCUCAUCCAGACCGUCGCCGGCUCGGUGAUCUGGAUCGUCGGCAUGGCGAUGCUCGCCAACGCCGCCGGGACGAGACACCUCAGCAAGGCGUUCGGGGUCGCAGUCCUGCUCGUCUCCGCGGGUCUACUAACUGGUCCGGCCGUGUCGGCCGCGCUGUACAACUUCGUCUCCUACCCCGUCAUGUGGUCGAGCGCGUUCAUCGUCCUGCUGAUCGGGUUAAUCCUGCAACUGCUCGUCCUCGAACCGCGCGGGGGCGGGGCGCACGUCAGGUCCCAUCCCAAAGACUGGGACACGGGGGACGAGGACCACGAUACUCGCACCCGCUCCUGCGAGACCCAGACGCAGACCCUCGAUGCCACCGAUCCGCUCUUCCCAUCCAGCCCUGCCGCAGAAGCGCGCACAUACCACACAACCAUCCCCAAACCCCAAUCUCCCCGUCCCGCGGCUAGCAGCACCACCCAAAAGGAGAACAUCUACUGGCUCAUCCUGCGCAAGAAACGCGUGGCCGCCGGCCUGCUCGGCGACACGCUGCUGGCCAUCAUCAUCGCGAGCUUCGAGGCCACGAUCCCGCUGCACAUCCGCGAGGUCUUCCACUGGGACAGCUUCCACGCCGGGCUCCUGUUCCUGCUGCUGCAGGCGCCGACGCUAAUCCUGGUGGUGCCCGUCGGCGGGAUCAAGGAUCGGUUCGGGCUGCGGUACCCCGUGUCCCUGGGGUUCGUGCUGCUGGCGCCGUCGCUGGUGCUGCUGGGGCUCCCGGGCCAAGAGUUUCGGGGGAUUAUGAUGGGUGGGUAUAGUGGUCGGGUGGUAUACCUUGGGGCGUUGGUCGCGAUCGGGGUGUGGAGGACGUUGAUCCUGGGGUAUGGGGGGGUGGAGGUUCUGAAUGGCGCGAACGAGCUCGCCGACGAGAAACCCGGGAUCUUCGGCUCGAAUGGCGGUUACUCGCGGACCUUCUCCUUGUCCAAUGUCACCUGGAAGGGGGGCAUGUUCAUCGGGCCGUUGGUCUCUGGCGCGUUGACUGAGGCGAUGGGGUAUUUCUACAUGAAUUUGUUUCUGGUCAUCGUCCUCGCAGGUGGAACCGGCGGAUUCGGACGGUAUCUCGCCGAAGCCAUCACCAGCAGCCCGGACUACGCCGUUGCCAUCUUGACUCGCUCCAAAGCCCCAACCUGGACGACACACCCUAAAAUCACCACCCACCAAACCGACUACACCGCGGCCUCUCUACUCCCCAUCCUCAACACCACACGGGCCACGACCCUCCUCUCGCUGAUCCGCUGCCCCAAUGACGCCUACCUCCCGCUGCACACCCACCUCCUGGACGCCUGCAUCGCCUCGCAGACCUGCAAGCGCCUGAUCCCGUCAGAGUGGGCCGGCAACGUGGACGACUUCCCGCUGCUGCCGCGCUCCUACGGCCUGACGCGCGCCCCCUUCCGCGAGAUCCUGCGGUCGCGGGCAGCGAGCCACAAUAUCGAGUGGACGCUGGUCAACCACGGCUGGUAUAUGGAUUACUUUUUGGCCGAGCAGAAGUCAUAUAUCGCGUACGUGCCGGGGGAGUUCCCGAUCGAUCCGCAGACGUGGACGUAUCGGGGAUUUGGCCAGGGCGGUGGUGAGGUUGUUGGGGCGGGAGCGAUGGACCGCCCCUUCAAGAGGGAGUAUCGGUCCGUCGAGCAGAUCGAGCAUGAUGUCGAGCAGCACCCGACCCCUCCGGAUGACCCCAACAUCACACUUCCCGAGCUGGAGGAGUGUACGAUUAAAGGGGCGAUCUGCUGCCCCCGGGAGAAGGCAUUGCGGCAGAAGGAGGAGUUCUUUGCGGGGAUGGAGUUUGUGGGACUGGAGGAGUUGCUGGUGAGGGCCGAAAGAGAGGGUUUCAGUUGA